CCCUUCGCUCCAUCGGAGUUGCUGAUGAGCGGAUGCUUGGUUGUGCCGCUGCACAGGCUCGUCUCCUUUUCGGUGUCCGGCAAGGGCGUCGGGGAUGCAUUUUCGGACGCUUUUCCCGUCUGCAUUCGGACACCCGAUAUGUACAUAUUAAUCAACACGCACUAUGAAAUACAAGUCCCGAGAUAGGGACACACACGAGGUUCCGAAUGCCGGUGACGGACUUGACUGACUGACGGCCAUGUGGCGGCUCUCGACUCCGCCACCCGCAUUUAGAUUCUAAAUCUUUGGGGAAAGGAUUGAGGAGGAGUUAUUGUACACGACGAAGCUGAGACUUUGUUCACUGUUAUUACCUGCCAAGCCUCCGGAAUCAAGUGCAGUAUGGCUGGUUCAUUCAUUUGGACGGCAUUGCAGGUUGCGCCUCUGGCCAGCUCCUCCGCGGCCGUGAUCUGCUCAAUCUGCCAACAAGUGACCAUGACCUCGUUCCUCGGAGCGACAGUCCCAGCUCAAGCCAGGAAGGAGGUCUACUACCCAUUUCAUGAAGGCUUCAAGCGUAUGGUGCUCGUCUCGGCGCCCGCCCACCUCACAACGAUCGCCACUUGCCUCAUCAACUUCUUCGCCGGAAACCCCUCGUCGCUGUGGUGGCUCGCGUGUGUGGCGUUUGUGGUGGGGCACGCAUACCCUCUCGCAGAGGGGAUGAAGAUCUUGGGUUUGACGGCGCGGGAAUGGAACAGCAAGACGCUGCCGGAGAGCAGGGCCUUUAUUCAGGGAUUUGUUGACAUCAACCAGCGGAGGCUGCUUCUGGUAGAUUUUCCGGGCUGGUUGUGUGUCCUCGCUACAGUGCUGGUGAACCUGCGGAGCAGUUAA